GCCACUGCUAGCGCGUUCCAAGUUCUAACGCCAGCUUGGUGUAAUCGUUUUGUUUAUGUCGGCCACUUCUUCCGAACAAAGUUAAACUGUUUUUCAAUAAACUCUUUUUGUGUUAAUACGCGUAACUGUCUUCUCUGUCAUUCAGUGUUGGUGUGUGCUAUGUGUAUCGUAUGAAACGAAGCUAUAAAGUUAUAAAGGGUCGCGCACUCGUGACAAUACUCCCCAAGUCCUACUUGCCCUGUCCUGCAUCUGCAUGUUGCCCCACAUUGAUUAGCGUUUAGUAGUAACACCAAGGGCACGCAAAGGAACACUAUUACCGACCCGCCGUAAUGUUUAUCGCCGACCUAAGGAAAGACUUUUACCAGCAGCUCAUCGGCAAGCGGUUACUGGUGCUGGUGAACUAUGAUCUCGAUGCGAUAUGCGCGAGUAAAAUCCUGCAGGCGUUGUUCCGCUGCGACAACGUGCUGUACUCGAUCGUACCGACUAUGGGGCUGAUGGCCAUGAAGCGGGCGUACAACGAACAUAAGGAGGACGUGCGAUACGUGUUGCUGAUCAACUGCGGCGGCUGCAUCGACAUCGUGGAUGUCCUGCAACCGGAACAGGAUGUUGUAUUUUUUAUAUGUGAUUCGCACCGCCCGUACGAUGUUUGCAAUGUUUACAGCGAUGGACAGGUUCGGAUCCUAGGAGAGAUGAAUAAACACGAAAAUAUUCCUGCUUUCGAGGAUAUUUUCCAAGACUCCGACGACGAGGAGAGUGGAGACGAUCGAGAUGAUGGUAAUGGCAGUGCAAGUGACUCGGAGGACGGCUCUGGUGAUGGUGGGGCGGGAAACCAGCGAUUAAAGCGUAUCGAACAGCGCCUGCUGCGACGCCGUGAACGAAAAGCAUGGCAGGAACGACGGCUUACGUUGAUGUUCGAGUAUGCACAAUACGCCUACUACGGUCCCAGUUCGGCGCUUGGGAUCUUUGAAUUGGCUUGGCGACUCUCUAAGGAUACACUCGAUCUACUAUGGUGGGCCAUCGUUGGUGUGACGGAACAGAAGUUGCUCGGAAAGGUAGAAAGCGCUUCGUACACACUAUUGAUCGAAAAGAUACAGUCCCACGUGUCGCGGCUUACCAACAAAGCGGCCGAUCAGACCACUAUCCAGACGUCGGUAAAGAUCGUGUUCGAAAGUGAUCUCCAGCUGGCCUUGUUCCGGCACUGGAGUGUGCUGGAUUCGCUCCGCUACUCGUACUAUCCCGCAUGCCGGCUGAAGCUGUGGACGUACAAGGGCGAAAAGAUGAUGCACGAGCUGCUGGUGGACAUGGGACUACCGCUGGUCCAGGCGAAACAAACGUUCAACGCCAUGGACCUGGUGCUACGCAAGGAGUUCUACGAGAAGAUGGAAAAGUUUGCCGACAAGUAUAACCUGCCCGAUGUGACCUACGCAUCGUUCGUGCUACAGUACGGCUACCGCAAUCGAUACUCAGCCGCCGACUAUGUCUACUCGAUGCUAGCAACGCUAGAAUCCGUCCGGCAGGACCGGCUACCGGAAGCAUGCUUUCUCCACGCAAUGGAUGCCCUGACACGAGCGAAAAAGCAAAUUCUCGACGAAGGUAUUGAAUUGUGUAAGACACUGUUGACGACCGUGUUCAAGCAGGUACAGAGCAGCCUCGAGCUGCACCAGAUUCGAUCGGCCGGCCCAUUUCUGUACCUCGUGCUGCAGGAGGAGGUACCAUUCUUUAGCUGCCCGUAUGGUUUGAUGAUGUUAGCUCGGUUUCUGCUCCGUGCGCACGUGGCUGUGUCACGGAAUCGUCGGGCGCACGAACUACCACUUAUUGCCAUUGCGCCAAUCGAUCUGCAGCGGGGCGUGUCACUGCUUGCCGGCGUUCCACCCGUCUGCGAAGACAGUCGACACUUUUUCGCCAAAGCAUUCGAGGAAGCCGGGAACCGCAGUGGUGCCGUAAUCUCACAGGAUUUCUUCGAAACGGCUGUCAUACAGAUUCAACACUCUGAUUGUACAAAGUUUCUCGAUGCGCUUACCGUUAUGCUUAGUUGAUAAAGAUGAUAAAGUGACCUCCAGAUUUUUUUUAGUCAUAAGACCCCACGAAUCGGCGAUGUUCUUUUACUACUGCCUGUCCUGAUAUUUUCUAUUCAUUUAGCUGCGAUUGUGUGAUGCCUUGGGAAGAAAUUUUUCACAGAAGACUCCAUUUUACACACUUCGACAUCAACACAGUGUUUGCGACAUUUCGACACUAUCCUUCACACCAGCGUUCCGUGGCAUCGGGGGAAAACAGCAUUGUUCAUAUACUCCGUACUAAAAAAAAAAAAUGUGUUGGGCAGCGGAAAGUUGAUUACAACAGUCGGUUCAUAUAAGUUAUUGUAUUAGGAUAAAAGUCGGAAAAGAACAUAACAGAAUGGUACAUCAGUUUAAAAAUAAAAUGAUUACCUGAAUGAUGCAUCGACGUCUUGAU